AUGUAUUCGAUGGUGGUGGGGAAACGGAGUCCGUUGGAUUCCUACGACGACUGGAGUGUGGGGUCAUUGACGCAGCACUUGUCGGACGACGAAGACGAUGAAGGACCCAAUUUGGCACAGAAUGCCUUACAUCAGCAACAAGUGGAACAAGCGUUGCGAGAUCAACAACGGAAACAACACAUCUUGGUGCUUAUCACGGCCAUGUUUUGUGCCGUGAGUGUCAUUUGGAUCUUGUCGCAACGAACGCCGCAUCGAUACUAUCGACCGCCACCCCCUCCGCUUACUGGUACUGCCGCCGUUAGACCCACACAACCUCCACGGUCCACACUCGAGCAACUUGCCUCCAUGUUGCCCGCUGACACACAGAAGCAAAUAAUGCAAACAACUGAUUCUCCACAAGGGCGAGCCUGGCAGUGGAUCACGACAUCAUCAUCAUCAUCGUUUGGACAAGUUCUGCCGUCUCCGGAACAAUUACUACGGGAACCCUGGCGAUUUUCACAACUCUUUGCGCUUACCACGUUGUUUUAUGCGCUGGAUGGUCCUUAUUGGCCCUACAAUCGUGCACAGCAUCUACUCCGACAUCCCAAUACCACCCAAGCCGAAUGGGACGCGCAUCAAAAACCAUAUUGUGGAGUCUAUUGUAAUGACGAUGACCAUUUCCUCAACCAUACAAACGUCUCCCUCCCCACGCCAGGGGCAUGGAAGUACAUUCAACAAAUGUUGCGGGCCGCAUCACCCUAUCAUGGAGGUCGGAUACGCUCCCUCAAUUUGGUCGGCAUUGACUUGUCAUCUACUGGUUCCAACAACAACAACAACAACAACAAAAAGCUACACAUUCCUCCCGAACUGUCUCUCUUGAGAUUCCUACAAGAAAUCUCAUUGGGCAAUCACCAGGGAGGAUUCCAGCACCAUUCCCUGCAGGAUAUUCUGGUCCCAUCCAUUACCGCGACGAGACAACUCACGUCCCUCGUCCUGUUGCCCAACACAUGUGGCCAAGCCAGUACAAUACCCUCGCAGCUGGGCCGCUUGGUACAAUUGCAAACCCUCCAAUUAAAUGGCAAUCGCCUCGUGGGGACGUUGCCACGGGAAUUGGAACAAUUAGCCGCACUGCGCGUCUUGUCUCUUGCCCAAAACAAUCUGCGAGGCACUCUGCACACUGAAUUUGGAUUGCUCUGGCCCCAUUUGCGGGUCUGGAAUACCAGUUACAAUGACUUUAUUGGGUCUCUUCCCGCAGCAUAUGUUGGCAUGCCCUCGUUGCAAUCCUUGGAUGUGUCUCACAAUUAUCUCAGUGGGGCGUUGCCAACCGAUGGAGGUGUCUUGUCCUACCGCAAGAGUACCCUAAGACAACUGUUUCUGCAACACAACAAUUUGACCGGACGUAUUCCCGCCGUAUUACUCUCGAAUCGACUGCAAGUAUUGGAUCUCAGUUACAAUGCCUUGGCCGGAAGCAUUCCCACUCAAGUGGGAUUGCUUGUGGCAGCCACACAGGUCAACCUGAGUUUCAAUCAACUCACUGGAAGAAUUCCAUCGGACAUUGGACGGUUGGCCAAGACAAGUCGCAUUCGACGACGGCAACACUGGAGGAAUGACGAUGAGUAUGACGUGGGGGAUGGAAAUGACGAAUAUUUUGAUCCUUAUGAUGACAAUGGCAAGGAGAAGACGAGCACUGUUGUCAUCACCAACCUGGUCCAACUGGAUAUCUCUUACAAUUCACUACAGGGAACCAUUCCCUUGGUGGAACUGACCCAACUCAUUCAGGGAGGACUGCGACUCUUGAACCUCACAGGAAAUCCUGGUUUGACAAUGAGCAAUGAUGAUGACAGUAUGACACUGCAGCUGUGUGGUUUAAAUCGUCCCAAUUGUACCUUUGUUGUGGCGCCACUGCAGCAUAGGCGGCAGCAGUGCUAUUUUGGAAUGGAUUGUGCUUGUGGUACUGCUGCAUGUUGGGUGGAAGGUAGGAACGAUCCAAUGCACAACAAUGAUACUUCUAUGGCUCGACAACCAGAAGGAAACGACAUCUUUGAAAACUUGUUUCAGGCUCCGUGA